AUGACAGCAAGCAUGUCUGCAAGCGCUCUCCACAGUCGCUUCAGGGGCCUCGACGCCAGCAAGGAUGGACUCCUAGAAUUCGUGCCCGACACUGCGCCCCGCAAAACUUGCCUGACAGAGGGUGCCAGGCGCCGUGCCGGCAGUCUGCCAAAUCUCCUCACAAGGCGAUCCGCUGGUAGCAAGGCAGCCACAGCGACUUCAAACCGCAACGGCACGUUCGACUUUCAGGAGCUGUGCAAGUUGCUCCGUCGCGGCAAUCCAAGUCUGACAGACAUGGAGGUGCAAGCCUUGUUCGAUGCCCUUGACAAAGACAAGGACGGCAACGUGGGAUUUCAUGAGCUGUCGGAGUACUUGCAUCCGCCAGGCGCAACUUUCGAGCACUCUACUUGGCGAAAGAAGCUGCGCACAGCCUUCAACAUCUCAUGUCCUGGUCCGGCUGAAUACGUUGGCAACGACAAGGCGGGAAAGCGCAAUGCGCCACGACCAGUGAUUCCAAGUCAGCGGAGAAUGGCCGACCAUGGCGUCAAAAGCCUUUCCCCUGGCCCCGCCGCGUACAAAGGGAAUCUCACGGCCAGCGCCUUCUGCAAGAAUGCCUGCUCGGCCACUUCCGGCAUCGCUCCAAAGGGCAUGGGCUCACACUCUGAGUCCCCCGGGCCUGGGGCGUACGUCCAGAAUUUUUCAGCUCUCGCCCAUCAAGAGCAAGGCCCACGAGCUACGAUUGGAGCUGCAAGGCGGGCGCUGUGCUACGAGGGCAACUUGGAGCCAUCGCCUGGCCCCGCAUCCCCUUGCACGCACGCCCAGCACAAGGUGCAGGGUGGAAACUACUCUGAAGUGCCGGGAGGAAUGGCGUUGCCCGACCUCUCCUACGAAAAACGACAGGAUGGAACCUUGGGUGUGGAUGAGGUCUACAGCAGCAUCUUACGCAAGGCAGACCCAAAGAUAUCUGCAGCGGAAGCAAAGCAGAUCUUCGACUCGUGUGAUCACGACGGCGAUGGCAAGAUCAAGUUAGAGGAGUUGAGGGACUACCUCCACCCCGUGACUGCCAACGAAAGCAUGGCCUACAGGAACUCGGGAGCCCAUGAGGAAGAGUCGUCAGAAAGAUCUCCAGUCAGGUGGCAGGAUGUUGCGUCGGCACGAUCUCCGUCACAAGGUUCCUCUGUGUCAUCCUCGGUGCCGCAAGGCUUCUGGCUGCAGCUGUGGGCGUUUGUUGGUGCGCUGGCGAACAUGCUCUGCCAAGGAGGCCAAUGA